GGAAAGACUGGGGGGGAGUCCGCUAUAAAAUUGGACCACGACUGCGGCGAGUCUAAUUUCUCUAGACUUCCAAAACGGGACAGGGUCGGGAAGACCAGCCCAGAAGAUGUACUCGCCGGCGAUUCCCAUCCAUGCCCCCAUCACAGCCGUCAAUUCCCGCCGCCGACUCCCUCUGCCACCACCCUAUCUCCAAAGGUUUUCUAGAAUAAUUCCACGGAGUAAAAGGCUGGUUUUGGCUGCUGCUUCUGCUGCAGGAAGUUCUAGUUCGGGCAGUGACUUAAACCCAUAUUCGGUUCUUGGUGUGAGUCCUAUUGAGGGAUUUGAUGCAAUCAAGUCAGCAUAUACAAGAAAACGCAAGGAUGCUGAGAGGAGAGGCGAUGAAGCAGCUGCUGCCCAGUUGGAGAAAGCAUAUGACCAGGUCAUGAUGGCACAAUUAACCAAUCGGAAGAAGGGUGUGACAUUUGGCUCAUUUAAGGUUUCAAAGGAUAUCAAAUUUGCUGACAAGCAGCCAAUUGUACCAUGGGGCCCAAGGUUCACCAAGUCUACUGAGAAAGAUAUGCGCAUCAAUUUGGCAAUAUCUGCUGUAUUUACAACUUGGGUUGUUAUCAAACGCAAUGCUGAAUGGAAACCUUUGCAGUUUUUGGGCUUUGUAUUUGUUUAUAGGAUUUUUGAGAAGUUGAAAGCUUUUGAGCCAUCAGUAUCUCCAACUCUUACUGAAGAUGGUGAGGAUGAAGGCCGCACAUUGCGAAUGGGAAAAAGGCUGCUUCGUUCUCUUGCACUAGUUUUUGGUUGUAUUGCCAUGUCUUCAUUGGCAUAUACAGGUAUCUUGAAUUUCAUCGAGUUCGUGGGUGGUUACAUUCCCGCUUUUCUUUACAAUAACCAGGUAUGGACAUUGACAUGUUCUCAUGGACAAAGGCAUUGUUCCAUGGUAGAUGGACUUUCUCUUAUGAUAGCAGUAUGUGCUCAUUUGUGUUUUUAGGCUAUGAAAAAGGACAAAAGACACUGACCUCACUUGAGGUUUUGGCGAAAAGAUAGAGGCCUUUCUAAAGUUUCAAAUUUUCUACAGAUCUGUUUCAAAAAUUCAGCAUGCCUGCUUGGCAUUUGAUAAUUGGGACACUUAUAACCCUUCCCUGAGCUUGUAUUUUUGCCAAAUAUCAAGGGAAGUCGGCAUCUUUUUGCAAAACCUCAGGCAAGGUCUGUGGGAUGUCAACCUCAAGGAGGUCCGCAUCUUUUUGCCAAACAUUUAGGGAGGUCCGUGGAAUUUUUGAAACUUUAGGAAGGUCUACAUGACUUCUUCACCAAAUCUUUAGGGGAUGUCACCCAUUUUCUACACUCCCUUAGUGCUAAGGUAUUUUAAUUACUCAGGAUGUCAUACCUAGCCCAGGCAGGUGUGUACAUAUGCUGAUACACUGGUUCAUGAUAACUGCUUCUGAUAUUGCUUAAAAGAAUUUUUUUUUUGCUUCAAACGAUUGAAAUGAAGUGUUCUCUUACUAGUGUCUAGAUCCACAAGUAUUAUGCAGAGGAUUGUAAUGUGUUUGGUUGUGAUUGACCGUUGAGGUUCUGUGCGAAUGUUCUCUUGGUUUUUUUGUUUGGGAUGCAUUUGUUUAAUAUCUUAACUUUAAUACAAAGCAAACAAGAAAAGAAGAAGGCCAGCAAUUCAAGGCCAUCCAUCCCUGACUUUUAUCUCCAUGUCCACUCUUUGGAAGCGUCAGGAGUCAAGCUUGAAUCUGGAAAAAAGAGGUCAUAUACAAUGUUGAAUGGCAUCAAAGGAUUAAUCUUUGGAACUCUUUUUCACCUUUGAUCUGCAAAAACAAUUUGCACAAACAGUAGUCUUGAUGAUACUAAGGGUAUUCUUUGACAAUGACCACUUAAUUCCUGAAAACAAGAAGAGGCUUUGGCAGUAAAGAGAGGCGAGGUUCAUAAAGAUUUUAUAGCUGCUUCAAUAGUUCAAUCUCCUCCUUCCCCUCAACCUGAUUGAAUCUCCACUACUUUAUGUUCUCACAGUGCCUUUAUGAUCAUGAAGAGAUGGAUCAGAAAUCAUUUUAAAUUUUUAUACGAACAAGUGUUUUUGUGAAGAUCACGCAUGCAGAGGAGACUAGCACACAAAGGGAACUGUGGAUUGCCUUGUUUAAAUCGACAAAUUAAAAUUAAAGAGAUUCAAGGAGAUCCCGACUCCAUUGUACUCCUUGCUCUUGUCAAUUUUCAAUGCGCCUGCUAAACUCUUUUCCUUGUCGACCUAUGUGUAUAUUGAAGAAGUUCAUGAGCUGGUAAGGAAAUAUUGAAGAUAACUGAAACAGGAUAUCGUUGAAUGGUACCCUAUUAGAUAACUAGUGGCUUUUCUCUACCCCUAAACCAUUAUUUAGUAAUUAUAAUCUGAUACGGAACUGUACUAAACCUAAUAUGUUGGAGCACUGCAAUUCAUUUAGGAUUGGGCAACUUUAGAAUGAGAAUACUAAGAGUUUGAGACUAUUUUAACUUGAUAUGCUCAACAAAACAGAAGUUGGAUUGUGCUUAUUGUUAAAAUUUUCCUUGUAUGCCUUAAAUCCGUGGAAACUAUCAGCCUGUUUGAUGAAUUUCUUUGUAAUUUUUUUUAUAUGCCAUACAAUGAGUCAGAUAAAUUCUGAUACGUGUGAAUUUCAAAUUUGAUCUCAAAUACCCAUUUUUAAGAAUAUGCUCACCAUGCAUGAUGCAUCAUAAUUUAAAUAAAUGCAGUAUGAUGAAUUUCCUAUUGCUUUGCCCUUUGAGGGCAAAUCAUUCAGCAAAGAAGGCAUUUCAUCCUUGUACAAAACAAUUGGCCUUGUGAAUGUGUUCGUCUCUCUCUGCUCUCUCUGCUUGCUAUAUUAGAUACCUUACUGACUAGUUCAUGCAUAUGCAGGAACUGCUUAUCACUGCUUCAUCGGCUGUAAUGCUUUACAUUAUGACAUCAUAUUACAGAUGACAAAUCCUAUUCACAGGCUGAGAGAAGCAGCAAGUUGUCAUUGGUGUACGAUUGCAUACCCUGUUAACUUGGCUGGCAAAAAUUUUGUCUAACGAUGCUCUAAAUCUUAGUUAUUUGAAAGGGGAAAAAAUGAAGAACUGUUCUAAAAAUUUAAUUGUUCUCGGCACAGCUUGUUUUGAAGACCUAUGCCUGUUAUUCAGUUGAUUUUGUUUCUGAAUGGCCACUUCAUUUCAGGAGUCAGUUUAACAGCGAACCAUUUUGUAUAAAUUUAGGGAGGGAACAUUGUUGGCUAUUGUCAAUUUUUGGCAACAUUAUCUAUACAUUUUACUAGUGUAACAUUUAUAUACAAAUUUGCUUACAGGAUAUUUUACAUUCCACCGUUGAAUGAGAUCGUUCCUUCAUUCUUA